CGGCACUUUUUCCUCUAUCCGGUGUAUUAGCUAGGCCAAAAAUGGCGAACGUGGUGCUGGAGUUCAAGGUGUCUGCCGGUGACUCCGACCCACAGACUCGCCCGAUUCUGAUAAUCGGACAGCAUGCCAACCUUCAGCAAGUUGACUGGGGCCAGAUUAAGGGGAAACUCCAGCCUGUUGUCAGUAAAGAGAUUUGGCAGGCUGCCCUGAACACUUUGAACCCCAAGCCUACGGACAACUGUCCCCUGUACCUCAACUAUGCAGCCGUGGCUGCCAUUCCUUUGCGGGUCAGCAGGCACAACAGCCCCUCUUCUGCCCACUUUAUCUCCCGUCUGGUCCGCACAUGUCUUCCUGGAGGGAACAACCGCUGCAUCGUGAUGGUGUGUGAGCGCUCAGAGGUGUUUGCAUCAGCCUGUGCCAUUUCCAGAUCGUUCCCCAUCUUCUCUCGCCGCUCCGCAUCCUCGCGCAGGGUUGAGAAGAAGCACGUCGCCGUUGAGUUUGUGAUUAUUGGCCAAGACAACAACCAAAUGGAUGAGGCCGAGCUUGAGUGUCUCUCCAAUACUGCAGACGGAGUGCGACUAGCAGCUCGCAUUGUGGACACGCCGUGUAAUGAGAUGAACACUGACCACUUCUUGGAGGAAAUCAAGGCUGUGGGAAGCAAACUCGGAAUAACUCCUGUGAUUAUUCGUGGAGAGGAGCUGAAGGAAAAAGGCUUUGGAGGUAUUUAUGGUGUUGGCAAAGCAGCUGAGAAUCCUCCUGCAUUGGCAGUCUUGAGCCACACACCAGAUGGUGCCACUCAGACCAUUGCUUGGGUGGGCAAAGGUAUUGUGUAUGACACAGGAGGACUCAGCAUCAAGGGAAAGACCACAAUGCCAGGCAUGAAGCGAGACUGCGGUGGCGCUGCUGCAAUUUUGGGAGCUUUUCUAGCUACCAUCAAACAGGGCUUCAAGGAUAACCUGCACGCCGUGUUUUGCCUGGCAGAAAACUCCGUCGGACCUACGGCCACACGGCCUGAUGAUAUCCACACACUCUACUCUGGAAAGACUGUGGAGAUCAACAACACUGAUGCAGAAGGAAGGUUAGUGCUGGCCGAUGGCGUGGUGUAUGCCAGCAAAGAUCUGUCCGCUGACAUCAUCCUGGAUAUGGCCACGCUGACGGGUGCACAGGGGAUUUCUACAGGGAAGCACCACGCAGCCGUGAUGACCAACAGUGAGCAGUGGGAGACGGCGUGCGUGCGUGCCGGGCGCAGCAGCGGCGACCUUGCCCACCCUCUGGUUUAUUGCCCCGAGCUGCACUUCACCGAAUUUGCUUCUGCUCUUGCUGACAUGAAAAAUUCAGUGGCUGACCGUGAGAACGCUCAGAGCUCAUGCGCUGGCCUCUUCAUCGUGUCGCACUUGGGCUUUGAUUGGCCUGGUGUGUGGGUCCAUGUUGACAUUGCCUCUCCCGUUCAUGCUGGGGAGCGAGCCACGGGAUUUGGCGUGGCUUUGCUAAUGGCACUCUUCGGUCAGGCUUCUGAUGACUCUAUGCUGAACCAAGUGUCUCCUUUGGGUGCUGCCUCCAAUAUGUUAGAGGAGCAGAUGGAGCAAGACUGCAAAAGGAGAAGGCUGGUAUAGGAGACCCAACGGCACGCUGGAGCACUCUACCGCCACAAACCUGAAACUGUCUAAGCAAGUGCCCAUUCACUUUGGGUUCAUGUGUUUUACUAAACUGUGAGUCUGCACUCUCUUUGAUUACAUUUGACUUCACCGAAUAAAAGUAAAUACAUGGCUA